AUGAUGGCAGUUGUGGUCGAUAAACAGGUGACGUUCACGCGUAUGACAUGACAGACGCGACUUGCUUUGUCUGUUCUCAUUAGAUUCCCCGCAUCCCCGAUUCCGUGCCUGCGCACAUCAAAGCUGCCAUCGAGGCAAGCCGAGAGACUUUCAUGUGCCGCGUUUGGCUUCUGAGUGUGAUUGCUUCUCAGAGUUGUUUUGCCUUCAAGCCGGAAGAUCGUCCCACAGCCAGAGAGGUAGCGGUCAUAGACUAUUGGACAGAGGCGUGCGCAUGUCGAAUGUCUGCUUGCCUGACUGCUCGGUAGUUGUUAGCUAAGCUGGGCAUGUCGUCGUCUCCGUCAAAAGGUGCAGGUCCACUGACUGUCAAAUGACACGAGAAGGCCCAGUCGCUUCAUCCUGACUGCUUGACUGCGUGCAGAGCCGGUGUUGGUUCACCCUGCCCCUGUGUCUCCUGCUGUCGUGUCUCCCACUGGCCAUUCAUCGGGCGUUCACGUGAGCAUGGCCAGCACCGCAACGGGGCCGCCGAGUGCGGUCUCGCCCACACAGAUCAAGCUUUUGGUUCCGCAAGAGCAGACAGGUCGGCUGUGGAAGGCACGUACACACACACAGAGAGAGAUACGACUGGUCAUUCAUGAUUUGUAUGGUGCAGCGUUCCCUACCCAGCAGCCGUCAGCGAAGACACCGCCCAACGUCCCACAGCCGCAGAUCAAACACGUAAGAGAGACAGAAACUGAAUCCCACACGUCAAUGGGCCGCUCUUAUUGUGCUGGUUGUGUGUCAGACUGACAUCUUCAAAGCCGUCGAGGAAAAUGAUGUGCAAUCCGUUCGUUGGCUCAUCGAGCGAGACGGCAAGGACAUACUCGACAAACGAGGCCACUUCGAGGUAUGCAACUUUGAAGAUGACAGAAAUGCCCUCAGUGGUCUGUCUGUGUAUUCGUUCCUACAGAAUACACCUUUCCUGUUGGCUGCAAAGAAGGGUCACGUGGGCGUCAUGUCGGUCAUGCAUGAGAGCAAACCUGACGUACUGAAGCAAACAGACCAGGUAACAACACAGACAAACCAUCUCGUGUGCUGCUGGUGAUAAAGAGAUGUGCGUUUGGGUGUGAUGGGAUGUAAUAGAAUGGUUUCACUGCCCUGUACUUGGCUGCCUGGUUUGAUCAAAUUGAAGCAAUGAAGUUUCUGUACGAGAUGGACGGGUCCAUCCUACAGCAGACAGGCCCGGUACCAACCUGAGCAUCUUCUAUGCUGCUGGUUAUGGUGAGAAGAUGUGUGUUGGCUGUGAUGGAAUGCAGGAUGGUUGGAAUGCAAUACACUUGGCUGCCGAGAAGGGCCGUGUUGCGGCUGUUAAUAAGCUGCUAGAGUGGGAUCCCAAACUGAUCGAUGCACGCACCAAUGUACCAGAGCACAGACAUGUCUCUGACGCCUCAGUGUGUCGAUUGUACGUGUGUGUGUUGAUUGCAGUUUGGCUUCACGUCAUUCAUGCGGGCUGCCAACAAUGGUCAUGUCGAUGUGAUGAAGGCCCUGUAUGCCAAACGAAAGGACCUGCUCACUUAG